GCAGAGGCAGGAGGCUAAUCUUUGUCAUGUGCUUGGACCAGAAGAAACUGGCUGCUCUGCUUCUUACAAACUGUUUUUUUAACUCCAUGUUCACUCUACAGACAAACUCCCCUUUUUAUUUAUUUUUUUAUUUUUUUCUCAAACCGGCUUAACCGUGAAGGCACAGAAAGUGAAAGCACAGUGGAGGUGCUUUAAAGAGCGAUAGGUGAGCUGGCAGACGGAUUUCUACCUGAGCUGCGCAGGUGGCUGUUAUUUAACGGGAUGAGAUGUCGCAAAUGAUGGACAAGACAACGGAAAACUCAGACGAGGACAGAGCGUCCCUGACGAGCAACAGGAAGACGGCGAACAACGGCACUGUGAAGGAGACGCUGGGGAUGUUUCCGACGUUCAGAAGGAGCAUCCGGCGUGUGGUGGAGAAGAGCCCGCUGUCGUCUGGAGGCAAAGGGCCAAAGGUCACGACCGGCAAUGAGUCAGGGACACAACCGCCUCCGUCACCCAGUCUGAGCGCCGGCUCUCCGGUGAUGUCUGAGCCCCCUUCCAGGAACAUCGGGGGACUUCUCCACAAAAAGGAGGACGACGAGAGAGACGACGCUUCACAGAGAGGCAAAGGCCUGUCGCGUUCAAAGACAGAUCCCAACAUGUCCGGGCUCGGUGAGUCUCUCAUAAAAAGAGGAGCAUCAAUUCGUCGGAGCCUUAAAUUCGGCAAGAAUAAACCCGGCAAACAAGAGCCGCUGGUCCCCGUCUCUGAAGGCUCGACGGAGGAGAGGAAGGAGGAUAAAGAGGAGGAGGAGGAGGAGGUGUGGGAGGAGAUGGAGGAGUUGUACACGCUGCCAGAAAUCCCCCACACACCGCUGUCAGUGAUGCAGAUCAAUAAGCUGAUAGAGACGGAGGCGCUGGAGGAGGCUCACCUGAACCUGCUCGCCCUGCGUCAAGAGUUCCAGCAGGAGCGGGACCGGUGUGGCGAGGACUCGCCCAUGGAGCUCGCCAAGAAGGAAAAAGACCUCAGCCUCCUCUACGGAGACCUGAGGAACAAGAUCAACAUCAUCGUGCGCGACUCCAACUCUCCCCCCACAAACAAAGGGCUGCUGGAGUACGUGGCCCGCAUCAUCCAGGAGGAGGAGAAGAGAGCGGAGGAGCCCGGCGGGCUGCAGGGCGGCUGGAUGGAGGCCUGGAGGGAGGCGGUGGGCGAGGGGGUGCGGAUGAAGGUGGAGAGCGUUCACCUGGAGCAGAGGGAGCAGAACGCCUCCUGGCUGGCGGUUCAUCUGGGGCUGCUGGGUAAAACCAUCGUGGAGGAUCUGGAGAACGUGAAGAGGAAGCUGCGCUGGUCGUACCCGCCCAGCUUCAGAGUCUUCAGCACCUACGUGAAGAGCUACCACAGAGUCGUCGGGCAGCACCUGAAGAAGCUAGCGCAGCAGGUGACGGAGCUGAGAGACCUGUACGCCCUGCUGGGCUGGAUCCUCAACGGCUACAAGAGUGAGAGGAUCAUGGGAAGUGUCUCUCUGCAGCCCGACAUGAAGGAAGAGAAAACUGAUCUGGAUUUGGAGGACGACCUGAAGCAGCUCAAAUACAAAUACUGCUGCAAAGUGAAGGAGGACAUGAGGUCUUCACUGGACAAAGUCAUCGAACUGGAAAAUGAGGAGGUUUGGACGCACAGUAAAACUCCAGAGAAGGACGAGGACUUCCUCGAAUCUCCAUUUCACAUGGACAUCUGGACGCAAGUGGAGGGAAAUGCUGUAAACUCUCGGCAAAUUGAUGCUCAGCUGGAACAGAAAGUGAUCUCCUGCUGCAUCCAAGAGCUAAAGGAAUUCCCCAAAAGGUUUGAGACCGCGUUCAGACAUCACUGCAGCGCUCUCAGGUCGCAGCCUCUGUGGAUCAAGUAUCACAUUACAUACAUCAACAGCUUCACUGCUUUACAGCAGCACAUGGACGGGUACCUGGACACCUGUCCCCAGGAGGUGGAAGGGUUCAGAAAAGAGGCCAAGUGGCUGAUCAUCAGGCUCACACAGGAGCUGGAGGACCAGUUCAAAGAGGAGGUCAAGCCUUUCCUGCGGAGGAUGAUGACGAGGAAGUGGCUCACCAGUGACGAAGACUUUAAGCAGCUCUACAGCCGGACGAAGCUGCUCUCUGAGCACUGCGCUCUGAUGAGGCCGCCACACGUCCAGGAGUUUGCAAGCCGACUGCACUACCACGUGGUGAAGGAAUAUGUGGGCCAGCUGAUGAAAAGCAACUACUCCUGCAAGAACCAGAAACACGACAAGGCGGGGACCAAAAUAAGUGUGCAGUUGGGUCAACUCAGAGAUCUGUUUGAGGACAUGAAAUCGAAUCACGACUGGCUCUACGCUGUCGGAGAUGACCUGAGUGACAUCAUCAGACAGAAAAACAAGACAGAAAUAAAGAGCCAUCUGCAGCCUUUAGUGGAGCAUUACCCCGACUUCAGGUGA